UGACGCACUUCUGAGCUAAAUAUAAGCCGUUUAAUUUAUUUAACAAGGCUUUAGAAAAAUCGACACUCCAGUUGUUAACACUGUGUUAAAAUGAAGCUGCUCCUGUUAUUAACCUUGUUCUUUGCCGAAGAAGUAUUUUCGUGUCAGUGGGUGUGCAUCGACAAGAAGAAUAACAUAAAGAAACAUUAUUUUGAUAAGAAUAAAUUGAAACUCGAGUAUUCUAUGCCGGUUAUAGAUAUUGCUGCGGCUGCUAGAAUCGACAAAAAGAGGAAUUCCGCACUACCAGAAGUGACUCUACGUAUGCCCGCUUUCGAUGUGGAGCCGUUAGAAGGUAAUAUGUCUAACUGCGAUAACAAGGGAUUUACUAAGGUGCUGAAAGAAAUAAAUCGAAAAACGAAAUGCUCUCCUCGGGACACAAUCGUCGAUCUCAUUUAUGAAGGAGCCAAGGUUGUACCAAAUAAGGUAACCACGAAACUGUGCACUGGAGUUUGCAGCGGAUCAAAAACAUGUCUUUCUGUGGCGCGUCGCAAUAUAUCCAUAUCCGUUAGGACGAUCCUAAAUGAUGGAAAGGUCCAGUGUUCUACAGUUUUGGUACCGGAAGACACCAAGUGCAGAUGCGACUGCGACAUGUCCCAAUCUCAUUGCUUAGAAAGUCAAGCGUUCGAUAAGAAGUUCUGCAAAUGUAAAUGCGUCAAUGAUAGAGAAUAUUUCAACUGCAUGAACAAAAUUAUAAACCAUACGCCUAAAAAACAUUGGUGGAAUAAGAAUACCUGCACCUGUGAAUGUCUCAGUGAAAAGGUUUGCACGACGGGUACAAUUUGGAAUAAAAAUGAAUGCAAAUGUGUUAGAAUGAUAUCUUAAAUGUGCAAAUGUUUCAAUAUAGAUAUAAAACACAUUCACCUAGUUGUUGAAAAAUAUGUCAGAACUUUUGACCAUGUCAGUAUUUAACAAAAUACAUGUAUAAAAGAUAAUAUUUAUUAUAGUAUUACACAAAUUGUGUCAAUCAAUUGAAAUUAGUAAGCAGUACAAUUUUUUUAUACUUUAUGUUCGAGGAACUUAUAUUGUAGAUAUAGGAAUAUCUACAUUUAUUAACUAAUUAUUUUAAAUCACAAUAUUUAUUUAUUAUAUAUAACCUAAUUGGAUGUUGUUAGAUUGUAACAAUUAAGAAAAAUUAUUAAUAAAUAUCAAAUUCCAUAUAUAGAUAAAUUUGUUUGUUCUACAUGUAAUAACAAUUCCGUAAUAACUUGUAACAUGUAUUUUAUAAAUA